AUGUCUACCAACGGCACACUAUCCAAGCCUGAGUUCCCUGCCAAUGCGGCAAGCAAGGAGUAUGCGGCCUCGCUAGACGCUGCAGACCCGCUCGCAGGCUUUCGAGAUAAAUUCAUCAUCCCAUCAAAGGCAAACAUUGCCUCUACCAAACUGGCGAAGCCUGGCCUUUCAUCAGAACCAUGUAUCUACUUCUGUGGCAAUUCACUUGGUAUUCAGCCCAAAGCCAUCCAGAAAUAUUUGGAGGCGCAAUUGGACACAUGGUCAUCAAUUGGCGUCUGUGGUCACUUCACCAAGAUCGAAGACUCCCCAUUAAAGGAGUGGCAGAAUCUGGCUGAGCAGGCUGCCGAGUCCAUGUCGAAGAUCGUGGGAGCGGCGCCCGAAGAAGUCGCGGCAAUGGGUACAUUAACCAUGAAUCUGCACUUGUUGCUCGCAAGCUUCUACAAACCAACUGCAACCAAACGUAAGAUCCUGAUGGACUGGAAGGCGUUUCCCAGCGAUCAUUAUGCCAUCGAAUCACAUGUUGCCUGGCAUGAUCUAGAUCCUCACGAGACCAUGGUGCUCAUUGGUCCAGAUGAGGGAAAAUAUGAAAUCUCAACGGAGAAGAUCUUGUCUUACAUUGAUCAACAUGCAGACGAGGCAGCUCUCGUCCUGCUUCCGGGAAUCCAGUACUACACUGGGCAGUUAUUCGACAUCCCGAAGAUCACCGAAUAUGCGCACUCACGAGGACUUAUUGUCGGAUGGGAUCUGGCUCAUGCUUACGCCAAUGUCCAACUAAAGCUACACGACUGGGACGUCGAUUUCGCAGCUUGGUGCACUUACAAAUACGGUAACGCCGGCCCCGGAGCAAUGGCAGGUCUCUUCGUCCAUGAGAAACAUGGUCAAGUCGACUACAGCGAAGGAGAGGAUACGCCAAAGUUCCGACACCGUCUGACCGGGUGGUACGGAGGCGAUAAGUCAGUGAGAUUCAAGAUGGACAAUAAGUUCAAACCAAUCCCUGGCGCGGGUGGGUACCAGAUUUCGAACCCUUCGGCGAUCGAUCUUGCAUGCUUAUGCGCUGCUCUGUCGGUGUUUGAUGAGACCUCCAUGGCUGAGCUGCGCAAGAAAUCUGUCUUGAUGACGGCGUACCUCGAGUACCUGCUGUUAAAGGACACCACGGACGAGUCGCGGCAAUUUCAAAUUAUCACGCCUUCCGAUCCUGCCGCUCGAGGUGCUCAGCUCAGUCUUCUCCUUAAGCCUGGGCUAUUAGCCAAGGUAGCUCAUCGACUGCAGGAAGCAGGGAUUAUUUGCGACAAGAGAGAACCAGGCGUUGUCCGCGUCGCACCUGUCCCAUUGUACAACACUUUCACUGAGAUCUGGAUGUUUGUUCAGCAACUCAAGGCGGCUCUGGAUGAAUGA